AGAGAGAGAGAGAUAGAGAGACACACACAGAUGACUCUCUCUCUGUGCACUCUUUUACGUGACCGGUGUUAUCUGUUGUGUAGUUUGGCUGAUGGAUCUGGACUGGUGUUUCUGGAGGUGUGUAAACCGUGUGUGAUUCUUGACCUCCUCAGACCUCCAGAAAGUGGCAAGAUCACACACAAGCACUAUUGUCUUUUGAAAAGAGCAGUUGGAGUAUUUGUGGGUCAUCAUGAGGAUUGAUUUGACCUUCGUGCUCAUAUCAGCUCUGAGCUCCAGUGUGAACUCUGAUGUGUUCACCUUAGUUUCUGAGAAGAUGAACUGGACCGAUGCUCGGAGCUACUGCAGACAGCACCACACCGAUCUCGUCACCUUAAAUGACCGGACGGACAUGGACGAGCUGUUACAGUCUCUUCCCAGUGGUUUAGUCAGUUUAAUGUGGAUUGGGCUCUAUCGGACGGAUGAGUAUUUUCCCUGGGUCUGGGUCUGGUCCGAUGGGAGCAAAGACCUCUUCACAUCAUGGGAUCCUUCACAACCGAACAACGUGGAUGGCGUUCAGUACUGUGUGUGCACGUCUCCGAAAGGAUACUGGAGCGACUGGUGGUGUACAGAUAAAUUACCAUUUCUGUGCUACACUAAGAAAAGAGACAGAUAGUGAGACUGGAGGUAAAAUCAAGCCAAAAUGUGAAUGAUCCUGCAGUGAAGAGUAAGAUUUUAGCAAAGUUUGAGCAGACACUGAAGGAAAAUGGUCUGACAGAUGCCAAGCCCUCGUGGAAGGAGUCUUCUGGAGAACAUGUCUUUCACAAGAUGUGGUAUCAGAAGAGUGAUGCUUUUAAUGUGUCCUGCAGGAGAACCACGAACUGAGCGGCUCAUAAUCGCUUUGGUGUAGUUUAGCAGUCUGAGACAUCUGUAAUGUGCACUUCUGUACUAUUAGGCUUUUUUUGUAUUAAAUUCAAAAAUAC